AGUACGCGCGAGUGGGUCGGAGGCGCGCAGCUCGAGCGCUGCUCUCGGUGCUCAGACAUGGCGGCGGACCUCAACCCGGACUGGCUGUCUUGCCUGCCUUCCUCUUGGAGUUACGGCGUGACCCGCGAUGGACGCGUCUUCUUUAUCAAUGAAGAAGCGAAGAGCACAACCUGGCUGCAUCCAGUCACGGGAGAAGCCGUCAUUACAGGGCACAGAAAAACUCCAGAUUUACCCACCGGAUGGGAAGAAGGAUAUACAUUCGAAGGAGCCCGCUGUUUUAUCAAUCACAAUGAGCGAAAGGUGACCUGCAAGCAUCCCGUCACAGGCGUUCCUUCACAAGACAACUGCAUCUUUGUCGUCAACGAACAACUGAAUUGUGGGAAACUUGUCCAUCCUGUUUUAAGCAGACCAGCGAGCAAAGCACCAGCGGCCGAGAAGAAAGAGCGUCCAACCAGCACCAUGAGCGAAGCGUCGAACUACACGGGCGGCUCAGACUAUACCACACAUCCCAGCAGCCCCACAACCAGACUCUCCAGGUCCUCAAAGAAAGUCCACAACUUUGGCAAAAGGUCCAAUUCCAUCAAGAGGAACCCCAAUGCCCCGGUGGUGAAAAACGGCUGGCUUUACAAACAGGACAGCACUGGAAUGAAGAUGUGGAAGAAGAGAUGGUUUGUUCUGUCUGACAUGUGCCUCUUCUACUAUAGAGAUGAGAAGGAAGAGGGAAUCUUGGGAAGUAUCCUCCUGCCCAGCUUCCACAUCUCCAUGCUGUCCGUGGACGACCACAUCACCAGGAAAUACGCCUUCAAGGCGACGCAUCCAAACAUGCGGACGUACUAUUUCAGCACUGACACAGCCAAAGAUAUGGAGUCCUGGAUGAAGGUUAUGACGGAUGCAGCGUUGGUCCACUCUGAGCCAAUCAGGAGGCUUGAUAAGGUGAAGGUUGACUCACGCAGCCCUCAGGAGAUGAACAACAUGCUGAAUCACCGAGUCCUGACCCGACCCGAGAUCCAAAACAAUGAGAGAAACCGCGAGACGCUUCGCCAGGAGGAGAAAAAGCAGAAAGCUGUGGACAAGCAGAAAGAGAAAGAUAGCAGGGUAAGCGUGCAGAAAGAUGGAGAGCGAUACACCCUCCAGAGAGACAUGGACAACUACACACUGCACUCAGAUGCUCAGAGACUCGCUCUGCAACAGGACGGAGACAGAUUCAUGCUGCAGAAGGACGUGGACAAAUACGUCCUGCAGAAAGACGGAGAGAAAUACGCCGUCCACAAAGACGGAGAGAAGUACCUGCUGCAGAAGGAUGGCCAGAAAUACACGCUACACAAAGACGGAGACAAGUUCAUGCUUCAAAGAGAAGGUGAAAAAUACGCUCCCCCGAAAGACAGCGAGAAGAUCCUGCAAAGAGAGACGAGGUUCCCUCAUGGAGACAAACACAUGAAGCAGAAAGACCCGGAGAAACCCGUCCCGCCGCCGCGGGAGGGCGAGAAAUACGGCUUCCAGAAAGAGGGCACUGUGGAGCGACCGCUCACCAAGAUCAACAGCAUCAAACUUCAGCCGGCUCAAGCGGCGGCCAUCGCUGCGGCCGUCUCGUCCUCCAGAAAGCUCCAGAGUGCAGUGGGAUCAGGACAGUACAAGCCGGCCCAGGUCAACGGUUCUGGGGAACGAGGAGGAGACAGAAGCCCUGGAGACAUGAGCAACACGAUGCCCCAGAGGACGACAGAACCAGAGCGAACCCUGAGCAGAACCAACUCCAUGCAGCAGCUGGAGCAGUGGGUCCGUACGCACCGCACGCGGACCCCGGACGAUGACACCAGGAGCAUUACAUCCUACCAAACAUUGCCGCGUAACAUGCCGAGUCACCGUGCACAGAUCGUCCCGCGAUAUCCCGAGGGUUACCGGACGCUCCCUCGUAACAUGCUGCGGCCGGACAGCAUCUGCAGUGUGUCGGGGUCGAUGUACGACCGGGCGCUGCAGCCCACGUCUGCAGAGAAGCGGCGCUCCAUGCGGGACGACACCAUGUGGCAGCUGUACGAGUGGCAGCAGAGGCAGGCGCACAGCCGGAUCGGAUACGGGACGCUGCCCAGCCCCAAAACCAUGAGCCAGAUCGCCGAGUCCAUCCCCACGUCCCCUUCCCACGGGUCUCUGGCCGGUUACCACACCUUCUCCCCUAAUCGCCCCCUCAACCCGGAUUCCCGCUCUGAAGUUUCCUCUCCGGUGUUUCGUGGGGACGUCACUAUUGAACGCCGCCACCGACCGCACCUCUCCAAGUACUCCUUUCCUGCCGAGCGCAGGCCUGUUCCUCCCUCACAGAGCAUCACCGCACAGUCUCUGCAAGGCAAAACGCCAGAGGAACUGACCCUGCUGCUCAUCAAGCUCCGGCGUCAGCAGGCCGAGCUCAACAGCCUCCGUGAGCACACGCUCGCUCAGCUAAUGCAGCUAAACCUCGAUGCUGCCAACCCAAAGAGUGAAAUCCUUUCCCAUCACCUACAGAGGAAUCUCAUGUACUUGGACAGCCAGAUGAAGGAGAAUGAGCCAGUAAUCUUCAUGAUUCACACUAUGAUUGAGAACUCUGCACCAAGGCCACAACUGUACCAGCAACAGAUGAGUUCUGAAGAGUACAGAGAAAACACCUUCUUAUACAGACCCGAGGAGCUGGACAUCGAUGCGAAGUUGAGUCGACUAUGUGAGCAGGAUAAAGUGGUGAGAAAUCACGCAGAAAAACUGCAGCAGCUCCACAGAGAGAAGCACACGCUGGAGACGGCCUUGCUGUCGGCCAGUCAGGAGAUCGAGAUGAGUGCUGAAGACCCCGCGGCGGUGCAGAGCGUCAUCCAGCAGCGGGACGUCCUGCAGAGCGGCCUGCUCAGCACCUGCAGAGAGCUGUCGCGUGUCAGCGCUGAGCUGGAGCGGAGCUGGAGGGAGUACGAUCGGCUGGAGGCGGACGCCACAUUGGCCAAAACAAACCUGCUGGAGCAGCUCGAGGCCCUCGGGAGCCCACAGACGGAGCCGCCCAGCCAAAAACACGUGCAGAUCCAGAAGGAGUUGUGGAGGAUUCAGGAUGUGAUGGAGGCGCUGAAUAAGAACAAACCCAAGAGAAACACAGAACCCAGUUUUCCUGGCGCAAACCCUCUGUCAAACCUGCAUAAAAGUGAAGAGUCAGACUCAGUGCCUCCUCGUCCUCCUCUCCCGUACUCGUAUGAGGGGGGAGACCGGCCUCCUCACGCGCCCCGCACAACCCCUCACCGGCCCGAGGACCGCAAGAACGCCCAGCGCAACGGCACCCACAGCGGGCCUGAUUACAGACUGUAUAAGAGCGAGCCGGAGCUCACCACCGUAGCCGAAGUCGACGAGAGCAACGGCGAAGACAAAUCUGAGCAGACGGCAGAGAAAGAGCCACUCGGCGUCACCAAAGGUGUCGUGUACCCCGUCGGAGUGGUCAGUCCCAGGACCAAAUCACCCAUGCCUGAAUCCUCCACCAUCGCCUCUUAUGUCACCUUGAGGAAGAGCAAGAAACCUGAUCCCAGAACAUCCCAGCCGCAGGAGCGUCCGCGCAGUGCGGUGGAUCACAUGAGCAGCGCUGUGGAGGUGGGCCGGACACGCAUGAGUGUGGAGGAGCAGAUGGAGCGCAUCAGGAGACACCAGCAGGGGGCGCUGCGUGAACGAAGACGAGAGGACGGAUCGCUGUCCCGCAGCCUCUCCUUCACCAAAGACAACCUCUACUACACCCUACAGACGCGUAAGAAGAGCCCGGUGAUCUCUCCAGACGAGCAGGACACGUCGCCUGAGGAGCAGCCACAGCUGACCACCAAACCCACUGAUGCAGAAGACAACUGCAGGAACACGGACCAUGAGGAAUCUGGGAGUGACAGCUUGGAGAACAAGGAGACAGCGGCCGUGUCCCGAUCGGCCUCCAUUAAAGAGAACGAGGACCAAUCAGAGCCCAGACACACCAGUCCACUGGAGUACAGCAGGACUCUGGCCACUCAGAACAGCUUACAGACGGCCGUCAUGGUGCGUGUGGGCACAGAGGAAGACGAGGAGGAGGAAGAGGAAGACGAGGAGGAGGAGGAGGAGAAGCCCUCCAGUCAAGAGCAGGACGUGUCGUAUGAUCUGAGCAACAGCAAACACAGCACACUGAUGUCAGUGAGCAGUCUGUCGACUCCGCCCCAAUCUCCAAGCUCCUCCUCCUCUCCCCCACCUCCCCCCUCCCCCCCACAGCUGACGGACGGAUCGCACUUCAUGUGUGUGUGAGCGGAGAGACGGACGACAGCCUCUCCGCCGACAUCAGUGAAGCUCAGCAUGUGAGGAGGGGACGUCCCGUCGUGAGCCAAAAUACAUCAUCAUCAUCAGAGACAGACAGGACACAGAGACGUCCAAGCCUUAGUUCAAACCAUUCUUUUAUAGUGAUUAUUAUUUAUAUUCCUCUUGAGUUUCCUGACGCAUCUGUAGAUGCCAGAGUUUUAUUGUUUGAUGGGGUGUGCAGACGCGUCUGAGGUGCUAUCAAACCCUCGCUCGUGUACAUUACAGCGCUCAGACUCGCUCUCAACAGGAAGAGGAGGGACAAAGCCCUUUUCUUCAGACUCCUGAGGAUCGCGUUCAACGUUGGCUUGUUUUAUAUGGAUUUGAAUCAGUCUCUCUCCUGGUUUUACCUAGUGUUUUUAAUGUCUGACACCCAUCGUUUCUUUUUUGCUGUUUGUGUAUAAACGAUGUACAGCUAUAAAGAGUCAAUAAAGUGCCAGCGUACUGCUGCCGAAGGACAGGAUUUGUAAAUGAUCUGUAUGUUGGAUAGUCCGCAGUAGCCACCACACUGUUUCCCGACACACUCAUGAAUGUUCCAGCUUACUGUACCUUUUAUUUUUCUAUGGCUGAGAUGUAUUUAACUCUAUAGAGACGAGUACAGAGUAUUAGCGUUUUCAGAAGAGUAUUCCAGAGGUCGGCUUUGGUUUGAGGAGAACAGCACACCACGAGCAAGCGUUUAUAGCCGUUGAUAAAGCAAUAAAAGCAGGGUUUGGUGUUUAACUUGGAUGUACAAACUGUAAAGUUCAUGAUGUAUAUACUGUACACCAUUCUGUGAGCAGAGCAGAGACGCAGAAGACGUUAUGUAUCAGAGUCAAUAUGCAAAUGUUCAGAUUUCAUCUGUUUUAUAUCAUGUGAAAUAAAUGUUGA